GACAAUUUAUUAUUGGAGACCUUUUUUAUAAGAAAGUUACUCAGUACAUGUCACUGAGGCCUAAAGAUCAAUUUACUGAUAGAUUUUUUAUCCAGUAUCAUAAAGGGAAGUGUCAACGUCAGGUUAUUGGCAAGAAUAAAAUUGGGGAGACACCUCAAAUUAUAGCUGCAUACCUUAAUUUAGAAAAUCCAAAACAGUACACCGGUCAUUGCUUUCGUAGAACGGGUGCUACGCUUUUAUCCAACUCAGGAGCAAGCACUACCAUGCUUAAACAACUAGGUGGAUGGAAGUCACUUACAAUAGCACAAGGUUACGUCGAAAAUUCGUUAAAAAAUAGAGAAAAAAUUUAUGAACGUAUUACUAAUGCUACUGUAUCUAAUGAUCAUCUGAAUCCACAACCAUCGACUAGUAAAAAUUAUUCUAGUGGCACAAUAACUGCAAAUAAAAAUUUGAAAUCUACUGAACCAAAUGAUAAUUCCGAUGAUUUUUCUGAUGAUUUUAUAAUAAGUAAAGAUGAUCUAGUAGCAAUUGAUAAAUUAAAUCAGUUAACAACAACAAAACCUCCAAUAACCUCGGUUACAACACAGACAAAAAGAAAAGUACUAACAGAAUCUAAUAAACCAUUACCUUCAACUCAUUUUAUGUCAUUACCACCAAUUCCAUCACUCUUUGUUAAAAAACAAGAAAAUGAACCACCGUUAAAAAUGAAAAAACAUUAUGAAACUAAUACUCAUACUGGUAAACUAUCAUCAGAAUGCUUAUCUACAAAUUUAAAUUUUAAUAAUCAAAUUAUGAAUUUUCAAAACUGUAUAUUUACCGAAGAUAUUAUUUCUAACUGCUCUAAUAUUAAGUUUGAAAACUGUGUUUUUUAUGGAAAUUUCAUUAAUAAUUGUGAUAAUUCAAAUGAAAAUGAAAACGAUAAAAAAAAACGCAAUAAGAGUUUUUAG